CAUCGAGCACCAGACGCGGAGGUUGAGCUGGAGGCGACUGACGAACCCGAGAUUUGAAUAACGGACAAGAGAUGGAAAUUCAGUCUGACUGGGAGGCGACCUGUGCUGAGCUCAAAUUUCUUGUUGUGCCUGAGUGUCUAUCAUUUCUGUGACGUAAAUCCGUGGUUAGUAUAUUUAUAUUAGUACAUUUGUGAGAAGGUCUGCUUCAACAGAGAGGGAUUGUGACGUGCCACUCACUACCAAGGAAACUAACUCCAUAACUUGGAAACAUGGGAUGUCACAAAAUAAAAUUUCACGAAUUCAUUGAAUGGUCCUCGGUAUCAGCCGAUAGGGGGAGAUACUCUGUUAGGAUACGUACAGCGAUGACGACAGCUUUUUCACACAUACAUUGAAAGUUUUCUCACAAUCAUGAUUGCCAGUUGCUGGGAUCAAACUUUUGCGUUAGUCAUGUACCGAGUGUUGAUGACUUUUGCACCUGUCAGUUGACCUUUUCUGUGAAUUUGUUUAUUAUUUUGACAUCACUAAGUCCCGCAACUCAUACUGUGGCCGUGACGCCGACAGAGUCGUCUGUCCGUGCAAGUGUGACGUCCAUGGCUCGAAGAAGCCUCAGUCGGUCUGACCCCGCCAUCGCCAGGGCUCACGAGCUGGGACUCCUGCAAGACUUACUGAAAAGCUUCCAUUACGGAACGAGGCAGGUACCCGGGGUCUCGGACGAGGACUCUUCAGGUCCGGGAAAUUCUCGCGCCCUGGAGGAAGUAUCGCUAACCAAGUACAGGAACUCUGUCGUGCGCUACAGCUGUGACUCUGAGGGGAAGGUCACGUCACCGGCACCGGAAGUUAGGCAGCACCGACCGUUGAGGAGGACAAGGAGCUGGGAGUACGUGUACAUCCCCAGCCUCCCCUACUUCCACGAGAACGAAAACCUUUACCGGGGAAUUCUGAGAUCCUUGCUUCAUCCUCUCGGGGCGUCCGACACACAGACAGGUCUUCGACCUGGUGACCUCAUUGACCAUGUUCGCCAGGUGUUUGACAUUGACCAAGAGGACCACGAGUACUUCAUCCGAGAUGAGAUACAGAAUAAGCCCAGGCGCGUGCAAGCUAAUGUCACAGUGUUGGAAGCACGUGACCUAAAGGUCAUGCCAGGUAAAGAAGACUCUAGCCCCUACUGCCUGCUAACCAUGGUGCAGCCAGUCCUGAAAGGCCUCAAGAACUCCUCCCCUAAAGGGUCGCCCAAGAAUUCCCCGAAGAACUCCCGCAAGGGCAGUCCAAAGGUCAAGAGAAGCCCUCCCAGGUCCCCCUCCUUCGAUGCGGGGGAUGUGUUGAGGUCGCAGCCCGCCAAGAGCUGCAGGGACCCCAAGUGGCACGAACACUUCCAGCUGGAUGUGGAAGAUCCGUUAGUCGAUGAAAUCAACCUCUGCAUCUGUCACCAUGACGACAGCACCACGUUUGGCGAGAGCAGUUCCAGGAGUCAGUCGGAGAAGACUGGAGCUCUGAAAGGGUUCUUUCGCAAUAUUCUUCAGACUACAGACAGCGACCAUUUGAUACCCGGAUGCAUUGGAAGAGUUAUCCUUCCUGUGAAGGAAGUACCCAGCCAUGGAUUUGACGGGUGGGUGAACGUGUACCCGGUUCCGGCCUGUUCCCGGGCCAAGCCUGUUGGACAGUGUCACCUGCAUGUCACCCUCAGCCUUAAACAGGACAGCCCAUCAGGCUGUACAUUCACUGCUGAGGAUUAUCACCUGGCGGCGUUGCUGUGCUUUAAGCAAACCAUUCUCCAUCUUAAGGAUUGUGAGAGUCAGGAGCUAGUUCUGUCCCCAAAGAGCAGAAGGAUCCUGGAUAUUUUUGCUGUGCUCAACGGCAUCUCAAGGCUUUCUCAACGAUUAAUGGAGCUAACAGUUCUGCUGGAAAUGGCCGGUCGUCAGACAAGCAUCGUGACAAACAAUGUUCUCCACAAAGGACUGGAGGACUUACAGAUGACCUGGGUCUCCCAACAUAUUUGUUGCCAAGGAUGCAAGCAGAAGAUGCCACUAACUGAUACAGAGAUCUGCCUGUACCGCCAGGCCUGUCGUCGCUACGUUGCUUUCGUCCUGCAACAGGUCGACAGUCUUCCGCCAUUGUUUCCGUCCUCCACAGAUGGCUUCGCAGCCUUCAAACAACGGUUCAGCAUUGCUUGCCAUCUUCUAGAACUGGACCUGUGGGACACCGACACGUCACCACAACGGGACCUGUCCGACGCCCUUCUGGCCAAACUUCAGGCGGAUAUCGGCAAAUGGAUGGAAGUGCACCUGAAGACGCUGGAGACCCAUGACCUGGUCAAGGACGCCAUCAUACCAGAAGCCGAGGCACUGGUCGGGGUCAUCACAACCUUGACCUCCCAUUGCACUCCUCUCGGUGUCGUACAACAAUGUUUCUCUGAUCUCGGAGUGAAUUACUACAGAACUGUCUCCUUCGAGACGGAACGCAAGGUGGCGAAGGUGGUCCGAGAGUUGAUGAUGGGGAUGGACAAGUAUCAGCUGCGCUACCACGGCUUCCCAGUCAACAUCGAGAGGAGCAGCAGACUGUCGUUAUCUCUUUUCUUCGCCGUCCGCAACUUCUACCACACCGUCAGGGACAACCUGGCUGACAGGGACCUCUUCCGCCUGACCAUCGGCCAGUUCCAGGGCUGGUUCCUCGAGUCCCUGGUCUUCUGGCUGCGGACUUUCAAGACAGAGUGCAUGUCCCGGAUGGAGAGAGCGUUGGAGAUAGACAAAGACAUGGUUGUGGUCACCUCCCUGGUGAAGUUUUCAAACUCUUCCGUGGAUGUCCUGUCGUGCUUUUCCAAGAUCACAGAGGAAUGGCGGAUGAUCGACUUCCAGGAUGCUGACUCAGCCGCCAUGGGUGUGACCAAGAUCACAGACCUCAUUUGUGAUGGAGCCCGGAUGUACGCAGAAAAAGUUCAUUCCAUCCUGGAGAGAAACUGUUACUACGACCAGGAUCAUGGCCAGUUUGAUGUCACGGACAGACUGUGCAUCACCCUCAACAACAUCGAGCACGUGCGCCAGUACCUGAACGAGUUGCCGCAGCUGCUGAAGUGGGCCGCUGUGUCCGCCCACCUGUGCACCCGGCACGAGAGCGAGCGGGUGGGUCGGCAGGCGCUCAUCACACUGCGGCGCCUGGUGAACACGGCUCACGCCGACAUCCUCAUGAAGUCCUCGCUCCUGCUGCGAGAGAUCGCCGAGAAGAUGAAGGCGGACCUCCAGCGCUACAUGGACGAGUUUCUCUUGAAACAUCCCGAGAAACGAAGCGCCACCGAUGACGUCAUUGGGUACCUGGACACCAACCUAGAAACCCUGCACGCGCGCCUAUCAGCGACUAUCUACCCGAACAUGAUUCAGGAGCUGUGGGGUGUGGUGCUGGGUAUCUUUGACACCACCAUGCUGUCUGGGAAAAAACCAGAGUAUUAUGACCACAUGAAAAUGCAUUUAAAAACAGUGGCAGCCUUUUUCAUUUCGUGUGGACUCGACGAGGAAAAGGAAACGAACCCACUGGUUACAGAUCUGAGAAGCCGGGUGGACCUGAACUGCUUGUCUUCUGAGCAACUGGUUCUGGAGUAUUACAACUCACUAGCCAACUCCAUGGGCACGCCCCUGGAGUACCUGGGACAUCUCGCCCUCAAGAUGGCCUACGUGGAGGAGACUCGGGGCAAUGUCACGAAUUUUUUGAUCAACGGCAACGACCUCCCAGGUCUUGACCGCUCUGGCCUCAGUGACCCGUAUGUGUCUGUCAGUCUCCAGCCCCGAUGUUUAUUUAGCCACAAACCACAGAAGACGAAAGUCGUGGGACAGACUGUACAGCCCGUGUUCAACACCAUUUUCCAGUUCCCCAAUGUACCCAAAGAGUACCUGGCCAUUCAGGGUGCUGUGCUUCUCCUCAGUGUCUUUGAUUACGACCGGUUUCGUGAAGACGAUUUUGCAGGUGAGGUAGUGCUUCACCUGUCCAACAUCCCCCGCAUCUCCAUGGACAAGGGGGUCGACUCAGUGCCUGUCGUCAUGAUGCCGUUAAAACGUCCAGCCGACGAUGCUAGAGGUCCUCUUGAGGUGAUAAGAGACCGAGCGGAAUGGGAUCCUCUGUGCAAAAGCUUUCUGCAGGAGAGAAGCAAGUUCAUGGACAAGAGGAAGAAAUGCUCUUUCGAUGGCUGGUCGUUGCGCAGCAUUUUCAACACCUUAUCGCAUUCUCUGUCCUGGUUUCGUCGAGGAGUGAGCAGCAAGACUUGAAACUGCAAACCUGUCACGUGGGAGCUGGCCAUCGACGUUGCAUCACGUGAUUGACGUGUUUGUCACGUAAAGCCUGCAGUUCAAACACUGGGCGACUGUUGGAAAAAAAAAUCACUCUACUUCUCCAACCCAAACUCUUCCAAAAAGGACAGAGAGACUGAAAUAAACAGACAUAAAUAUCACCGAGAAGAGUGAUGGGAGAGGAGCAUUGUUUGAGGUAGCCUGAAGUGCUGCACACAUACCUGUCUCAAAAAAACAGUUGACCAGACUGGAAAAAGUGUCACGUGUUAACGGAUCCCUCACAGGUGUGAAGGUUUAGUGCUCCAGAGAGUUGCUGCCUCGCGGUUAAAUGAAGACAAUAUUUUGUAUUUGCGGGUGAGAGGUGGUGUGACAAAGUUAGCGAUUACAAGUUAAUAUUAACGAGGACGUUGAGCACGUGCAGUGUCGGGAGCCAGUGUGGAGGAUGUGGUCACUGCAUAAAGAAUCUUAUACACCUC